GAGGGCCGGGGUGGCUCCGGCGCUGCUUCCCCCGCGCACGUCCGAGACGAUGGGGGCGGCGGCGGCAGCGGCGGCCGUUGGGGUGCGAACCCUGAGAGGGUUCGGCCGCCCCAUCCUGCAGGCGCGCUGGGGCCGAGGCGGCUCUGGCGGCGGCAGCCGGCGGCUCUGGGCUCCGUCGGGCCCGGCUACCGCAGCCGCCGCUUCUCCCCCUUCUCCUCCCGGCGGCCCUUCAUCGGGCUCGGGCGCGCUAAACCCUUUCGACCGGCGGCUGAAGCGGAAGCAAAAGAACUGGGCGGCGCUGCAGGCCGAGCCCGCCAAAUGCGACUACCUGCGGGAGGAGGUCGGCAGCAGGAUCGCGGACAGGGUGUUUGACAUAACCAGAACGUUUCCUCUUGCUUUGGAUGUUGGCUCUGGAAGAGGUUACAUAGCUCCACAUUUAACCAAGGAAAUCGUUGAAAAACUUAUUCAAGUUGAUAUUGCAGAGAAUGCUUUAAAAAAUGCCGUAGAAUCUGAAAUCCCUACGGUCAGUGUUGUAGCUGAUGAGGAAUCCCUUCCUUUCAAGGAAGAUACAUUUGAUCUUGUUGUUAGCAGCUUAAGUUUACAUUGGGUGAAUGAUCUUCCUAGAGCUUUUAAAGAGAUUCACCAAGUUCUUAAGCCAGAUGGAGUAUUCAUUGGUGCAAUGUUUGGGGGAGACACACUGUAUGAGCUUCGCUGCUCUUUGCAGCUAGCAGAAUUGGAGAGAGAAGGGGGAUUUUCUCCUCAUGUAUCACCAUUCACUGCUGUCUCUGAUCUGGGACAUCUGCUGUCAAGAGCUGGGUUUAACACCCUUACUGUGGAUACUGACGAAAUUCAAGUCAACUACCCAGGGUUAUUUGAGGUUAUGGAAGACUUGCAAGGUAUGGGGGAGAGUAAUUGCUCUUGGAAUAGAAAACCUCUGCUACACAGGGAGACAAUGUUGGCGGCUGCUGCAAUAUAUCGAGAAAUGUAUGGAAAUAGCGAUGGCACAGUACCUGCCACAUUUCAGAUCUACUAUAUGAUUGGCUGGAAGUUCCAUGAAUCACAGGCAAGACCAGCCCAGAGAGGUUCUGCAACAGUUUCACUUGGAGAUCUGGCAAAAAUAGAUGGACUUCUUUCUAGAGAAAAAAAAUAGGUUUUCAUCAGAAAUAAUAGUUAUCUUGAAGCUUCUAUAAAACCUCUCGUUGCAGACAGUCUUGUGCCUAUUUUGUGAUGGCAUCCUGAAAUUAUAAUAAUCUGCAUGGAGCAAGGUUUUUUUGUCUUUACUGCCUUUGCUGCAAUAUCAAAUGUGUAAAAUUAUGGUUGUUUUUUUUCUUUGUUUCUAGAGAAAUAUUUUGUAGUAUUUUAAGUGAAUACAGACUCAUCCAACUUGUGGUUAAGUAACUAUUUUCAUAUGUAAUGCCUCUUCCAGUAUUACAGUAUCACAGGCUGCUCCAGGUAUAAUUUGCAAGCAUGAGUGUGCAUCACCAUGUAUUAUUUUUUAAGUAUUCCUAAAGGACUAGAUCAAAAUAAAGAAUAGGACUUGGUGGCAAGUGUAUUUGUAAGACAUCCUGCAAGAGAAAAUACCAAAAGUAUGCACACCUAAAUGAGUUUUGUGGGUUGGAAAUUCUGGGUAAAAAGCUACUGUAGAUUAUUAUAUGCUUGUCACAUGAAUGCUUGACUUGUGCAUAAGGAAGUGAUUAUGUUUGUAUUAUAAAAAUAUCUCAAGUUGCCACCCUUCACCUACAGCCCUCAAAUUUGAUUACUUUUCCUACCACUCCAAAAAAAUAGCAGUGUUUGGGAACAUGAGUAGUGGAGCUCAACCAUAAGAAAGCUGGAUGUUUCAUUGUAUCUUUAAAAAAUUUUUGCAUCAUGAUUUGACUUAAUUUACCGAAAGCAGCCGCAAGCAGUCACCUAACACUCAGAUGGAUGUCUAAGUUUCAAAUUAGUCAAGUAGCUUAGAACUGGCCUUCUCUGGAGUUUGUACUCCCUUGAAGUUCCAUGUUUUGUUUUGGUUUUUUACCUGUUCUUUUAGCCCGUAGCAUCUGAAAAUUUAAGGCCAUUAUACAUCUAAGUGUUGUAUCAAUACUGGUGAGAGGAAAACUUGAGAUCUGUUUUAAAAUUAUCCAGCAGGUGGAGUUUGACAGAGCGGUGUGACACAGAACAAAUAGGCAACGUACACAGAAGUAUUCCCAUUGUAUCCAGAAUUACUGAAUUAUGAUUCAAAGAUUAUAAUAAAGAUAUUGAAAUCAACCUUC